UGGUUGACCUAUUGAGUAUUGACAGACAAUAUUGUAGAAUCACCAAAUAAAUUAAGACAAUUCUUUGUAUUUUUCUUUAACUUUUCUCUGCAACUAAUAUUUUCCAACCAUUUAACAAGUUGAAAAUACACUUCUUGAAAUCGUGCAUCACAAAUGCAAAAGGUGUAAAAAAAUAAUAAAAAAUACACAUUAGCUAUUUCUAUGAACCCGAACAGCAAAACUGACGAAGCUUCCAGGGGUAGUGAAGAAGCAUCGUCAAAUAACAAUACCACCCCAACCAUACCGAAGGGUCACACAAGCAUAUGUCCAGCGGCAAGUCCAAACUCAUCACGAGAUAUAAUGAAGCGAGCCGCUGCUAGAGGGCUUAUAGAAAAAUAUUUUUACCAGUUGUUAGAUGGCUGUGGUAAUCCAACUUGUGAUAAUGAGUAUUGUGCUUCUAGCGGAGAGGCCAGAAAUCUUACUCCAAAUGAAGCAGCAGCAGAGGCCAUAAAGUUAUUUUAUAAGGACGCCAGAUUGUGUGAUAUUCAGCCACCCAAAGUUGCCCGAACUGAAGCUAACUCACAUGGCCCCAGUGAAGGAUCAACCUGUACUUGUAAUGGCAACGCCACAGAUGAGUCUAGUGAUGAUGAGAAAAAAAUAGAAUCAAUGUCUGCAAGCACAUCCGGUAAUAAAGAGAGUAAAGAAAAAGACAAACCGGAUACUAGUCAAAAUAUAUCUCUUCAGAGUGAUCACAAAUCUCUUAGUCAUGACAAUGGUGCACUAUUAACAGAGGAACGUAUGUAUGAGUUGUGUCAAGAGUGUAUAGACAAUAAGAGGCCGGAGCCCCUCAUACGAGCACUGGGCGAGGUCUUCAUUGAUCCCAUUAUACUCUCCAAAUGUUUCCGAAGUAAAACUAAUGUUGAACAAAGUGUUGACACAAGGCAAAAAGAUAAAGAGUCAAAAGCCAUGUGUUCGAGGGAUCCAGACAAAGAUGUAGAUAGUGUUUCUGGUCCAGGAUUAGAUAUAGCGUCAUGUCAGCGAGCCUUUAAAUGUCUUGCCAAAGUGCCAUCAGAUUACUACAGUUCAGCGUUAGUCACAGCAUUGACGACGUUGGGCAAAAAUGUAGCAAUGCAAUUAAGGUUUAUUCGUUUCUACGGUAUGACUCUUGAGGAUUUACUGAACUGUAUAAUCAUAGCAUUCGAAAUACCCGAUCUGGGGUGCAGUGAUUACUUGGAAGUGGCCCUGCCCGCUUUGUGUGAUGCCGUGGAUAAUCUACCCAUUGAAGGUCAGGCUAAGUUAGCGCGAAUAUGGGCACAACACUGCAAAGAGACGCUGAGAACUGUACUAGACAACUUGCAACAACUAAUCACGCUGCGGGUGAUGUCCACUAGCUACUCUGUGGGCUACCUCGUGCAAGACGAUGAAUCUGUUACAAUGGCUACCAAACUUAUGAAGGUAAUUUACUAUGCGAAUAUGUUAGCCGGUGUUAUGGAACCCAAUACUUUGAGGGAGGAACCGGUGGUGAUACCCAAUCACGAUCCGUUGGGAGAUGCAUUAGAUCACUUGUAUCCACCACUGAAAAACUCCAAACAGUCACAACCUGAGGAUCCUUUGGCUAUAGAAUUGGAUAUAAACGUAUUAGACGCUCGGAAACCGUUGAUACCUUUCGAGGAUUUCUACAACGAACCCCUGAGUGAUACCAUAGAGAUGGACAUAGACCUGGCUAAUUGCAAAACUGAUGUUAUUUUAGUUCGGAAGUUCUCGUUUCUUCGGUACCCGUUUAUCCUGACGCCGGCGACCAAGUCCCUGGGUCUGUACUACGAGAACCGGAUCCGGAUGUACUCCGAGCGGCGCGUGUCCCUGCUGCACGCGGUGGUGGGGGCCGCGCCCGCCGCGCCCUACCUGCGCCUGCGCGUGCGCCGCUCGCACCUGAUAGAUGACGCGCUCGUUGAACUGGAAAUGAUAGCGAUGGAGAGUGCGUCGGACCUCAAGAAGCAGUUGGUAGUGGAAUUCGAGGGGGAACAGGGGGUCGACGAGGGUGGAGUCAGCAAGGAGUUCUUCCAGCUGAUUGUGGAAGAGAUAUUCAACCCUGACUAUGGCAUGUUCACCCAGCAGCCUGACUCGCAUACUGUGUGGUUCAAUCCAACAUCGUUUGAAACAGAAGCACAGUUCACACUCAUCGGUAUAGUUCUGGGUUUGGCGAUAUACAACAACAUAAUACUGCCCGUCAACUUCCCUAUGGUUGUGUAUAGAAAGCUGAUGGGAAAGAAAGGCUCCUUCGAGGAUUUAGCGGAUUGGAAUAUGACGCUAUACAACGGUUUGAAAGAUUUACUACAGUAUGAGGGUGAUGAUGUAGAGGAGGCUUACUGCCAGACGUUCAGGAUAUGCUAUCAAGAUGUGUUCGGUAAUAACAUUUUCCACGAGCUAAAACCUGACGGCGAUAGUAUUUUUGUUACGAAGGAAAACAAAGAGGAAUUCGUGAACAUGUACGCGGACUUCCUCCUCAACUCGUCGGUGGACAGUCAGUUCCGGGCGUUCCGGCGCGGCUUCGUGAUGGUGACCGGCGAGAGCCAGCUCGCCGCGCUGUUCCGCCCGGAGGAGGUGGAGACCCUGGUGUGCGGGAGCAAGAAUUUCGAUUUCAACGAACUGGAAAAAUCAACAGACUACGAUGGUGGUUACACUUCGAGUUCAGAAACUAUCAAGGACUUUUGGAGUAUAGUGCACAGUUUAUCAUUGGAAGACAAGCGGAAACUCCUCCAGUUUACUACGGGGUCAGAUAGGGUGCCAGUGGGAGGACUGAGUCAUCUGAAGCUUGUCAUCGCUCGGAAUGGUCCGGACAGUGACCGCUUGCCAACCGCUCACACAUGCUUCAACGUGCUGCUACUACCAGAGUAUGAAAAUAAAGAGAAACUACAGGACAGACUGUUGAAAGCCAUCAGCUACUCCAAAGGCUUCGGUAUGCUUUAAUCAUUAGCUUAUUUAAUUUAAUUUCACACUGGCCGAGUCAUAUUCAAUAUGCUCAAGGAACUGAAAAGUUUUUAACCGAAAAGAUAUCAUUCGAUGGGAAGUCAGUCAUAAUGGUUUAUUACGUAUUUAUACUACAUUUUAUACAGUAUUAGUUUUUGGAUAUGACUCAGUCGGGUGUGAAUUGCAAGGAAUAUGUGAUUGUCGAGUCUGUAAUUUCGUUCGAUUUACUGUGACAAGCACUAACUUGUAUAAUAUGCGACUUUCAUAAAAUUGUAAACAAUGUUUGUAGAGGGAUUUAUAUCUAUCUAUAACUUAUAUAAAUAAAAAUGAAUUUAAAAUGUUGUUACUCUCGCUAAAACUUGAGAAUGUCUGACCCGAUUUGGGAAAUUUUAGUCUUGAAAUAUUCGUGAAAGUCCAAGGAAGGAUAAUAUUAGGAGGGAAGUGAUAGGAAGUUCACCGGGUCAUCUAGAUUCUAGUGUAUAAUAAGAGCGUUC